UAGGGGCUUCGGUUGGGGUGACAAACCACCCGAUUGACUAGGGGCCAUAGAUGGGAGGUGAGUUAGAGUGGAAAUUGGCUGCAUCUUGGUGAAUUAGAUGACAUUCGUCCUCAGAGCUUGAAAAAGGGGCAUCUCGACUUACCAAGUUACAGGUGCUGACCCUGCCAUCAAGGAGCCAGCAGCCCACCUGAGGGAGGAUGGAGCAUCAUGGAGUAUUGUAGGAAGUGCCUGACAGAGGGAAGCACUGAAGAGGGCAAGUUUCUCAUCUGUGGGAAGUGUCUUCUGCCCCAGAGGCAUGGCUCAAAGGCAGAACUAACCAUCCUGGCUGUUGAAGCUCUUACAGUGCAGCUGAGGUGGCCCCACCGGGACAAGAUGUGGCUUGGGGUCCUGCUGACACUUUUGUUCUGUUCAAGCCUUGAGGGUCAAGAAAACUCUUUCACCAUCAACAGCAUCCGCAUGGAGAGCCUGCCAGGGUGGACAGUGCGAAAUGGGCAGAACCUGACCCUCCAGUGCAUCGUGGAUAUCAGUACCACCUCACAUGUCAAGCCCCAUCACCUAGUGCUGUUCUACAAGGAUGACGUGAUGUUCUACAACGUCUCCUCCCGAGAGAACACAGAGAGUUAUUUCAUUCCCCAAGCCCGGGUUUAUGACUCGGGGAAAUACAAAUGCACUGUGAUCCUGAACAACAAGGAGAAAACCACGCCGGAAUACCAGGUGUCGGUGCGAGGAGUACCCAAUCCCAGGGUAGUGCUGGACAAGAAGGAGGUGAUAGAAGGCGGGGUCGUGACGGUCAAUUGUUCUGUCGAAGAGGAAAAGGCUCCAAUAUAUUUCAAAAUUGAAAAAGUUUCACUAGAAUCAAAAACCAUCAAACAAAGUAGAGAGAAGACUUCUCAGAACCAAAAUUUUGUGAUGGUGGAAUUUCCGAUUGAGGAACAAGACCAUAUUUUAAUAUUCCGCUGCCAAGCUAUGAUCCUCUCUGGGCUUCAGAUGGAGACUUCGGACCUCACCAGGAGUGACCUGGUCACCGUGAGGUCAUCCUUCUCCAUUCCCAAGUUCCACGUCAGUCCUACAGGAAUGAUUACAGAAGGAGAUCAGCUCCAUGUUAAGUGCACCAUUCAAGUGACGCACUUGGCCCAGGCAUUUCCUGAAAUCAUAAUCCAGAAGGACAAGGCGAUUGUUGCGCACAGCAGACAUGGCAAUGAGGCUGUCUACUCGGUGAUGGCCGCAGAGGAGCACAACGGCAACUACACCUGUAAAGUGGAAGCCAGUCGGAUAUCCAAGGUCAGCAGCAUCGUGGUCAACAUAACAGAGCUGUUUUCCAAGCCAAAGCUGGAAUCUUCCAUCACACGUCUGGACGAGGGUGAAAGCCUAAGCCUCCAGUGCACCAUCCCAGGAGCGCCCCCAGCCAACUUCACCAUCUGGAAGGAAAACAUGACUGUGACGCAGACUCAGAAUUUCACCAAGGUCGCCUCAGAGUGGGACAGCGGGACCUACAUGUGCACUGCGGCCAUCGGCAACGUGGUCAAGAGGAGCAACAAGGUCCAGAUCACCGUGUGUGAAAUGCUCUCUGAGCCCUGGAUUUUUCAUGACAGCAGAUCUGAGGUGGUAAAAGGACGUACUAUAGCCAUCAGUUGCCAAUCAAUAAAUGGAAGCUUACCUAUUUCUUAUCACCUUUUAAAAGCAAAUAAAACUUUAGAGAGCUUUCAAAAAAGCUCCAGUGAUCCUGCAGUGUUCAAAGACAAACCAACAAAAGACACUGAAUACCAGUGUAUUGCGGAAAAUUGCCAUUCUCAUGGGAAAAUCAUCAGCAAGGUCCUGAGGGUCAAGGUGAUAGCCCCGGUUGAGGAGGUCAAGCUGACUAUCAUGUUGAGUGAGGAGGUGGAGUCUGGAAAGGCCUUUGUGCUCCAGUGCUGUGUGAAUGAAGGGUCUGGUCCAAUCACCUAUAGGUUUUACAGAGAAAAUGAGAACAAGCCCUUCCAUGAGACCACUACAAAUGACACCCAGGCAAUUUGGCACAAGGCAGAGGCUAGCAAGGAGCAGGAAGGACAGUAUUACUGCACGGCCUCCAAUAGAGCCAACUUCGCCAGAAGCCUCCCCCAAAGCAACAAGCUGACAGUCAAAGUCUUCCUUGCCCCAUGGAAGAAAGGACUUAUUGCAGUGGUUGUCAUCGGAGUGAUAAUUGUCACCUUGCUACUUGGGGCUAGAUGCUAUUUUCUGAAGAAAGCCAAGGCUAAACAGAUGCCAGUGGAGAUGUCCAGGCCCGCAGCACCACUUCUGAACUCCAACAAUGAGAAGAUAUCAUCAGAUCCCAGUCCUGAAGCCAACAGUCAUUAUGGUUGCAAUGAAGAUGUUGGAAACCAUGCAGUGAAAUCAUUAGAUGAAAAUAAAGAGGAUCUGAACUUGGACGUGGAGUACACAGAAGUGGAAGUGUCCUCACCUGACCCUCACCGAGCUCCGGAAAUCAAAGGCACAGAGACGGUGUACAGUGAAAUCCGGAAAGCUGACCGUGAUUUCAUGGAAAACAGAUGCUCUAGAACGGAAGGCUCCCUUGAUGGUACUUAGGACGGGAGGGCAGAUGCUAACCCUGGGAGGACGUCCACAUUCCGAGAAGAGCAGAUGAUUCCCGUAUUCCAAGAGCUCUGUGCACUUGUUUAUGAACCUGCCCUGCUCCCAGCAAACAAAGCAAUUCCUCAGGCCAAGCCGCCAGUCCUUAAAUCCCUCCUACUGCAUUUAUGUUGGGUAUAAAGAGAUACGGAGGGGAUGUUUAAUCCCCCACAAGGGCCACCUGCCACCGAGCGGAGCCUCGCUCCCCGACUCCUGGAGCUGGGCAGUGGAAGCAGCAGAAGGAGGUUCAGGGUAAACAGGCCAUUGGGAUACUUUGAAACUUGAAUAUUUUGUCUUGUACAGAGAUAAAGAACUUCUCCAGAUGCCCUCAUACACAGAAACCUGCUUUUGUUUCAUAGUCAAUCACUUCUAGCACAUGGCCUGGCUUAGGGGCUAGUUUUUCUCUUUUCCUUUGGUCCUUUUUACUUCAGUUCAUCAGAGGGGCUGUGGUUCUGGGCCUCUUUGCCCUUUGGAAGCGCACAAUGUGGACCAGACAAUUUCACUCUGUUCUUGAAGCUAUGACUUUGCCCACCACCAACGGGAAAGCAAACUGCUCAGGAGCGAUGCCUUUGAAAUGCCAACUUGAAGACAAGAUUCAUUCCGGGCAGUGCACAAAAUCGAAACUGAAGUUGGACCAAGCACAGAUGUUCUUAAGCUGCUUUUCUAUACCCUUCUCUUUCUUUUCCUCUCUUUGCUGAUGGCUGAAAGAUGGGAAGAUGGAUGCCUACAGCAAAUACUAUUUUUAAUAGAAAAUUGAAGUGUGUAUUUUUCUUACUAAUUUUUUUUUUUUUAAUUUAUUCCUUCCUGAAGUCUUAAGAUGUUUCCUAUGGGGCAGGUGAUGGUGUGAGCGGGUAGAAGGGGGGCUGCGGCCGCUCUGCGGUGGAGUUUCUCUAGUGAACACACCUAACCAAAGCCACUUCCCCAUCUGCCUCAGUGGCAUGCUGCAGAGACCCUGAGGGGGGUUGUAUUAAAUAAAUUUGAUCUUUACUCUUU